AUCUGCAAACCAACACACAGGAAGAAAGGAAGAACCUCAAGAAACACAGACUUAAAUUUCACAUAAAGUUUCGAGGACAGAGAAUACAGGAAUGGGAUCUGUUGGAGUUCAGAUUGUUUGUGUGGCCCUUGGGGUCUUCGGCCUGAUCGGGACCAUCAUAUGCUGCGCUGUCCCAAACUGGAAAGUGUCCUCCUUCGUAGGAUCCAACAUUGUGACAGCACAGAGCUCCCAGGAUGGUCUGUGGAUGAGCUGUGUGGUGCAGAGUACCGGCCAGCAGCAGUGCAAGAACUACGACUCCCUGCUGGUGUUGGCCUCUGACCUGCAGGCCGCCCGUGCCAUGACCAUCAUCAGCUGCAUGCUCAGCAGCCUCAGCGUCCUCGUCCUGUUCUGUGGGGCCGACUUCACCACCUGUAUUGAGAAUGAAGAAGCCAAGCCCAAGAUCAGCCUAGUGGCCGGGAUAGGCCUGCUGCUGGCCGGCCUCUUGGUGAUCAUCCCCGUCAGCUGGUCCGCUAACAAUGUUGUGCAAGCCUUCAACAACCCCCUGAACCCCCAGAAGCAGGAGCUGGGAGCAUGUAUCUUUGUGGGUUGGGGGGCCGGCGUGCUGCUCCUUCUGGCUGGCGGUCUGCUCUGCUGCUUCAGCAGGCCAAAAUCUGGCAGCUCCGGUGGAACCGCCAAGUACUACAGCAACAGUGCCUCCGCCCCUGCUAAAAACUACGUGUAGUGGCUUUAUGAGGGGGACUGGUGGCUGAGAGAAAGGAGGGGAGGGUGAUUUAGUUGGUGAAAGAGUGGGGAGCAACAAGAUAGAUGACAUUACGGGUUGUUUUGGAAAAAAACAGAAAAGGUCUCUGUAAAUACCGAAAGCUGAUAAUAACUGUCCCCAAGUUUUACUUUUACAUUCAUAAGUAUGCUGGUGAUGUCUUAAAUGUUUAAGCUGUUUUGCUAUUAGGUACUGGGUUAUGCAUAUGCUAUAUGAAAGUAUAUGGAAAGCAAAUGGUAUACAGGCUGUAAAUUAUAGAUCAGACCCAACAUUUUGUGAUUUUAGAAUUACAAAGGUUUUAUUUAGCUUAUUGCUUUGAAAUAUACAGUAUAAACUACAAUAUCCUGUUGCAUUCAACUUAUUUUUCUUAAAAUUUGACUUCAGAUGUGACUUUAAAAGUGUAAAAUAAAAUGAAAUAUCAUAAAAAUAUGUAAACUGUAUUUGUGAGAAGAAAAAUGAUCUGAUAAUCUAAGCUCUCCAUAAAAGAGCCCUUCAGUCUUUUUAGAUGCACUAGUGUCUCAUAUUUUACAUAGUUUGGAUCAUUGUUUCUUUUCAAUCUUUUUAAAAGAAAAUCUGUUUCUAUUAUCCAGUCACAAAAAGCUACUCAAAAUAGUCUUUAACCAAAGGCACCUCAGUAGGCCUCAGGGAGCAUCUGUGUGCCCGUGUUUCUCUGAUGAUAUG